AUGGGAAACUCCGAAGUCUCUCUGACUUUCAAAACACUUUCUAAAAAACAAUUUCAACUCACCUUCAAUGCGAGCGAUACGCUCGAAGUGGUGAAAGAGAAAGUAGCUGGUCAUGAGAAUCUUAUACCAUCUACUAUUAAGCUCAUUUACCAAGGAAAAGAAUUAACAGAAAAUUCUAAAACAUUACAAGAUUUAGGCUUUAAUCCAAACAUAUCAAUAAUCGUAGUUGGUAAAAAAGUGCAACCUCAAAAUGUAAACAAUACCACAUCAAAUGUAAAUAGUAAUACACCAGUUGAUGAAAAUAGAUCUACACUACCUUCAACAAAAGAAGACAUUGUACUUUCGAAAAUUAAUGAAAUUCAACAAAGGGCUGAGAAUUUAGAAAAAGAGGUUCAAGCUUUGAAAGAUAAACGAGAAGAAUUAGGGGAAAAGAAAUACGCCUUUGAAAGAAAGAAAUGUGAUGAAUAUUUAACACGUUGUUUAUUGGAUUUAGAUGGUAUUAAUGUUGACGGUAAUGAAGAGCUUCGAAAAAAACGAAGGACGGCAAUUGUUUUUAUUCACAGCAUAUUGUCUCUUGUGCUGCAACACAUCAUCUGUAACAAAAAUUCCAAACAUCAAGAAGAAGGAAAAUGA